GGUUGAGUUGGUGCAGGAAAGAUGGCAGCCCCUGGCUUGAACAAUGCUGUGCGAGUUAGACUUCACUUUGACUAUCCUCCCCCGGGGACGCCGGGCUGCCGAAUGUGCUGGCUGUACAUCGACCUGAAUAAGUGUAGAGUGGUCACCGAUCUGGCGAGUAUCAUCAGAGACAAGUUUGAUUUCAGCCGCAGAACAGUUCUAGACCUCUUCAUUGAAGACUGCUUCCUACCGCCCAACGAGAGCAUCUACGUCAUCAGAGAUAACGACAGCAUCAGGGUGAAAGCUGAAGGUUUUCUGCCUGCACUGAAUGGCACUGAGUCCAGCGAGCCCUCUCCCUGCAAGGGGCAGAAGAGGCGCAGGUCUGCUGAGGACGUGCCCUCAGAGAGAGAUCACACCAAGAAGAGCAAGAAGAAAAAGAGUAGCAGGGAGACCCCCGAUCUGACAGCACAGCCCGAAGAGGGAGAGCACCGGGCAAAGAAGAAGAAGAAGAAGAAGAAAAAGACGAGGGAGGAAUCCACAGAGGAGGAGCACAGCCGGAGAAAAAAGACGGAGCAAAAGGAAAAGACGUCCGCUGCAGAUACAGGCAGCAGGGAUGGGAAGAAGCCCAGCAGCAGCUCUGUUAAGAGCUCUGCCGCUCCGUCCUCCAAACCAGCUGCUGCUGCAGGUAAGAAACCCUCCGGGAACAGACCAGCCCCGGCGUCCUCGCACUCCAGCAGCACAGACAGCGACAGCAGCGAGGAUCAACCGGCUUCUAAGAAAGAGCAGAGCAAGACUCCACAGAGUGCCAGAGUCCAGCCCAAACCAGGCACUGCAAGCGGGGGCGGUUCUGCUAAACGAGCGCCUGUCCCAUCCAAACCAGUGAUUGCCAGUGCGCCUGUCCCAUCCAAACCAGUGACCGCCAGGGCUGCUUCGUCAUCAGAGUCCAGCAGCGAGGCGGACAGCUCGAAGCAGAGAGAGGUGGCAAAGGGAGGGCUUGUGUCGUCUGCGUCGCUGCCAGGCAAAGAGACUCCUGUCCCUGCAGUGGAGAGAAGCAGUGCACCUGCCCAGGCUGAGACCCCCAGCUCUGACAGCAGCUCUGAGGACAAGUUUGUGAUCAAGAAGCCCCAGACAGUGUCAGGACUGAACAGGGCUGUGAUGGGCAAUGGCAGGGGCAGGGAGACCCCCCUGGGGAUGGGAAGGGGCUCCCUGCUCGGGGAGGGGAGGGGUUUGGGGCAAGGGGAUGGCAGGUUCCCAUGGAGAGGUUCUGUGGGACGGGGGCUGAGAGGAGGCAGGGCAAGAGGGGCCACGGGACAGUGUUUCUCUUAUGAUUACAAUGGAAGUCAGCAGCAACAGGAGAAGCAGCACUUCACUGAGAAAGCAUCGAACACGUCUGUGAUAUUGCAGUAUCCUGCAGAAGAAGCCCCCAAAAAAGAUUACAGCUCCUGUCCUCUGCUCGCCGCACCUCCACAGAUAGGACAGAAAAUCGCUUUCAAGCUGCUAGAAUUAACAGAAAACUACACGCCAGAAGUGUCUAAAUACAAGGAAGGAAAGAUUAUUCACUACAUCCCCCACACCAAUCAAGUGGAGCUGGAGAUCCUGUCCUCUGACACUGUUUGUAAAGAGCCAGGGAAGUUUGAUCUGGUGUACCACACUCCGGACGGGACGAGAGAAAUCGAGUACGCUGUCUCAAGAGGCUCCAAGAGGGUGACGGAGAGAUGGGAUUCUCUGAUUGAACCUCGACUGAUUAUUGAAGCUGCUAGUCUGCCUGCAGUUGGAGCGACUGGCUGAUUUUCGUUCUCGCUGUGUGUUUCUGGAACCAACUGUGAAAUGCAUCAAGGUGUCUAUAUACAUUUUAUUGUUCUGUGGGUUUUGUUUAAAUAUUUCAUUUUAAUGCUGGUAAGAACAGUUUACUUUUAAAGGUAUCGCCUAAUGUAACAAUGUUUCAUAAAUAAACUUUCCUUUUUUUUUUUUUGUA